AUGAUGUCCAAUCAGGCAUUCUUAACAUUUGCUACUCAAAAUGGAGCGAAAGAGUUCUUGUCGAGAUAUUCAGUGACAGCAUUGAAAAUCCAGGGCCGCAAAGUUAAGAUUGGAAUGGCCCAAACAAGCUCGUUAUUAGGUCUUUCGAUGCAAAUGCAAAAAAAUAAAGAUAAUGGUGAAAAGAAUAAUUCCUACUUGAAGAAAGUGCUAAAAACAAGAGAACUUAAACACAAGCUACGCAACGAUGACAUAUAUGCCAAGAAAUACAAGUUGAAGAGGCAAAUAAGACGUUUGAAGCACAGACUAAGACUAAGAAAGAUAGAAGACCCUGAAAUUGAUAGGAUUGUCACAGAGUUCAAAUCCCGUAGGUUAGAAAAGAUGGAGUCUCAGCGGGAGAAACCAAAAAAACCGCAGGAAUCCUCGAAGCAGGCUAAAAUGUCAAAUACAAUCGAAAAUCCACCGAACAGAGUUCUCCUUGUACAGAAUCUGCCAAGCGGGACUACAGAACAAUCAUUGUCACAAAUUCUUGGUAAUGAAAGCCUACUUGAAAUUAGAUUAGUCAGCGUUCGGAACUUGGCCUUUGUCGAAUACAAGACUGUUUCGGAUGCCACGAAAAUCAAGAAUCAUUUGGGACCCACUUACAAGGUAAAAAAUAACGAUGUUACCAUAGGAUUUGCCAAAUAA